GCCCAGCCAAGGUGGUGAAGGCCCCAAACCCCCGGCCUCGGAGAGGAGGAAAGGUAAACAUCCACCUGCUGCUGGCCAAUCCAUAGCCUGUGUGUGUGUGUGUGUGUGUGUGUGUGUGUGUGUGUGUGACUGAGCAUAUGUGUUUGUGUGUACACCCGAGGCUAUGCUGACGAACAGUCCAUGCUUCCUGGUAUGUAAAUGAUAGAAUCCCUCUAAAGUGCUUCAUUCACACAGUUUGGAUUCUUAUCUUUGUUGUAAAAGAGGCCCUAUUCUGGGCCACACCCUGUUGAUGUAGUGGAGCUUUAAUAUGGUCAGCAUAAAUACAUGUUGGCCUUCCAAAUGGCACCCUAUUUCCUAUAUAGUGCCCUGGUCAGGGAAUAGGGUGCCAUUUGGGACUCAAGACUCUCUCUAAAGAGUGUUAAAUUCCCUGGACGGUCUUUUUUAGGUUGGAGAUUUUGGCGACGCUAUGAACUGGCCAACCCCAGGGGAGAUCGCAACUAAAGAAACGCAGGUAAGUCAGCGCCCGGAGAUAGAACUGCUGACACACACAUACCCACACACACACACACACACACACAUACCCACACACACACAUACCCACACACCCACCCACCAGUGGCCAGUUGAGUAGGGCACAGUGCUGUUUUCAGUAGUAGCGAACACAUAGCCUCUCUAGACAUCAGGUUUCCUCCCCAAUUUGUUUUUAUGUUCCGUCUUAAAACGUCUGUACAUAACAGAAGGUCAGCUUGGCAUAGAGGGACUACGUCACUAGGCAACAGUGACUAGGCAACAGUGACUAGGGUCUGGUUUCAACGAUGGACUCUUUAGGCAUAGAGGAACUACGUCACUAUCCGCUUGAAUAAAAUACUAAAUAGUAGCUAGCAAGAUGGAGAUCAAGGAGUUUCUUUUUUAUUUACUUUUUUUUGUGCUUAUUUUUUAUUAAUUUUUUUCUCCGAAUUUCGUGAUAUCCAAUUGGUAGCUACAGUCUUGUCCAAUCGCUGCAAAUUCCGUACGGAGGUCGAGAGCCAUGCGUCCUCCGAAACACGACCCUACCAAGUAACACUGCUUCUUGACACACUGCUCGCUUAACCCCGAAAGCCAGCCACACCAAUGUGUCGGAGGAAACACUGUACACCUGGCGACCGUGUCAGCGUGCAUCCGCCUGGCCAGCCACAGGAGUCUCUAGAGCGCGAUGGGACAAGGGACAUCCCGGCCGGCCAAACCCUCCCCUAACCCGGACGACGCUGGGCCAAUUGUGCACCACCCCAUGGGUCUCCCGAUGUCUGCGACAUAGCCCGGGAUCGAACCCGGGAUCGAGCCCGGGUCUGUAGUGACGCCUCAAGCCUUAGACCGCUGCGCCACUCGGGAGGCCCAGGAGGUAAUGUUUUAUAGAGUGCAUUUCACAGGUGGCUAGUUCGCGUCAACUACCUUAACUUAAACCACUGCAAAGGUUUUGCCUGCAAGCUUGGGUUUCGAAUCGCAACGUUCUGGCAUGUCUGCUUCGUUGUCUGUUGGGAAGUUGCCAAAAGAGUCUGUCAUUGAAACCAGACCCUUGUUACUGUUGCCUAGGGUCAGGUUUUUUUGUUUAUUCACAAGGAACAGGACCUCUGCAGUCAGCCUCAACCAGUCUCAACCAGUCUCAACCAGUCUCAACCAGUCUCAACCAGUCUCAACCAGUCUCAACCAGUCUCAACCAGUCUCAACCAGUCUCAACCAGUCUCAACCAGUCUCAACCAGUCUCAACCAGUCUCAACCAGUCACCUUGACUUAUCAAUUACUAAUACCUCUUAGAACAGGAGACUUGGUCUAACGCCUCAUUGGUGGGAAAACAACAGUGUGCAGGCCGGGGGGGGGCGGGGACACUGAGGAACAGCACAGGAGAAUAGUGAUGAUGAUGAGGAGACGUAAAUAAAGUUGGCUCUUUAUUCCCCCCUGUUUAUGACGCUGCUGUGGGUGUUUAGUGGUGUGGGGGUGGGGGUGGGUAAUUGUAGAGCGCGCUCAGACAAAGUGACUCGACUGGCUCUUUUGUCUCUCUGAGAUCUUAGGUCGUUCUGCUUCGACCUUAGUUAGCAACACACGGUAGGACUACUUGCACACAGCAUAAUUCGUUUGUGUCCCAAAUGGCACCUUAUUCCCUACAUAGUGUGAGGAAAAUAGUAUAUUUGAGAGCACACUUGACUAUGGUCCUGCAGUUAGAAAAAUACCCCCCCCACCCCCACCCCCCGAGAGGUUUAGGAGCCCCUCCCGAGAGGUUUCGGACCCCCGCCCGAGAGAUCAACUUGAGAGGGAAAACAUGAACUCCAAGGCUCAGGACUGCAGGCUUAAAUAUACAUCUGAGACGGGUAGAGGACUCACCAGCUCUGCAUGUAGCAGUGCAGUCCAGUCACCUGAGGCAUCCAUACAUUCCGUCUUCCAUUUUCCCAGGCGGCGGGUACCACGGACGGAGGAUGCAACUCAUUUGUGGCCUCUUAAAGUAGCAUAACUCCGCAGGCUAUUUCUGACAGCUGGGAUCGGGGCGAUAGUUUGUCACUGGCAGAGUAAACCCCUUUUUUAGACAGGCGGGGGGGCGAGGUGAGGAGUGGCUGCUGCGUGCGUUCUGCCAGGCUAGCGCAGGCCUGAGGAGAUGUAGGUCAGAGCAGGGCCAGGAAUAACCAGGCCUGGACGGGUCCCUAUAGGACGGAUGCCCUUUUAGGGAUCCCCACAAUAACCCCCGGACCUCUGCUGCUAUUCUGGGGGGUUGUCGGCAACCAAACUUUUCAAACGCUGCUAAAUCAGUCCGUUUCUCGAAAAAUUAGGUAACAUCAUUUGAUAUUGAUAUUUUAGACCUUUUUUAAAGCUUUAAAAUAGAUUGCCGUUUUCCCCCAGAAAGCCUGUGAAGGUGUAUUGUCAUUACUAUGUCCCAAGGGCCAUUGUAUAUUUUGAUAAGACUGCUUCACUCAUAAAAUGUCCGUUUAUUAAUUGAAAGUGCCCAUAAUUUCCUAUGAGAAUAGUUCAAUUAUUUUAGGUAAUUUCUAGAAUUUAUUGGAAUUGAGGUUCACACUUCAAUGUUGUUUUCUCAGUGGUUAGGUUUGUGAGUGUAGUUUUAAUGUGUGUUGUUGGGUGGAGGGCCUGAAUUUCGGUGUCACACCUCAACUGCCACAACCCUCCCCAGACACCAAACCUCUUUAGAAACUUCUGACAAUUCUGUCCACAGAAUGAGAACGUUUUCUAUAGAAUUCUGCCCAUACAAUGUCAGCAAAUUCAAUUCUAUAGAAUGAAUCAGCAUUCUUGCUCUUUAGUUUAAGCAAUCUCAUAACAAUGACAAAUUCCAUACCAUUUUCAAUACACACCGGUUACAUGGCAUUGAACACAGACAUAUACACGUCAUCAUCAUCAUCAUCAUCUGUCAUUGUCUGUGUGUUGUUGAAAUUGCAACAAACAAAAAACAAAUAUUUUCAUCCAGGACGCAAUCCUGUGAUUGUGAUUGCGCCCUCUUGUCCUAAAAAAAACCCCCUCCCUUCUGUCCCCUGUACUCAGAUUGAAGUUGUGACUGGGAUUGUGUCAUGCCCCAUGCCCGUCAGGCAGAUCAGAGAAGUGGGCUCCACACGGAGAUCCCCAGUAAGUUCACCCUUCACAUGGACCUGGAGCUGCCUGGGCCAGGAGCCUCCACGGCCUCCUGGCUCCAUAGAACCUGAAUGACCUGAAACACGGGAUACUCAGUAGGAGUAUAGUGGGAUGGCCUGCUACCUGGGGUGACGUUAACCAAUCAAAAGCUUGCUUGGGGAAUUAAUAAUAAUGGGGGGACUGUUGCACGGACCUUGAUUUUUUUAAAAAGCCUACUCCUGGGUUGAACGGAACUACCAAUCAAUGGAGAGCCAGCAUGAAAAUGGUUUAGUCCAAGCGUAGACAUAAUGUGGGUCUGUGCAACCAGCAGUUUGUGUAUGUCCAGGAGUAUGAUUGUGGAGUGGCCUGCUGGUUGGGGUGAACAUAACCAUUGGAAGCUUGAUGAGUGGUGUUGAUUUUAACUUCCGAUCACACAAAAGGAAUCGGUAUUACUUCAGAUUCUUCAGAAAUUGGUAUCAGGUGUGCGUGCAGUGGCCACAGGAAAUUAGCAUUAUAUUAGGUAUUCGGUGCUCAAUGGCCAUUAACUUCCCAUGUUAGGCUAUUGGUUUUCCAGUAGUUUGCUCAUUUAUACUUAGUAAUGUUAACAGCUAUUCUGGUUCCUGUUCAAAUACAGAAAAGUGUGCAGUUCUUCUGUUUGAAUGUGAUUGCAUGGGUUUGUACAGCGAGUGAGUUAUCUUAACACAUUUGAAUGGACAUCCCUAUUCCAGUGCAUUGUUAGGGGUGUCUUUGCUAACUAGGUGACUGGGUUUUUUGUGGAUUACUUAAUUUUUGCGACACGGUAAAAAGAAAACAUGUAAAAAAAAAAAAAAUCCUAAAUAAUGUUGACGUGCGUGUAGUACAAGUGUGAAAACGACUAGCCUAGUCUUUGCGAAACUAACCCUUCAACUGAAUGCUUUGCAUCGUCUUCCUAUGCAAAGUGCCCGUGGGAAAAGUUAUUUAGCUUAGUGAGUGAGCUCAAACAUCAAGUGAACUAAACUUGCAUUUGAUUUGACUAAGUCUCAAAUUACACGCUGCAUGACUAAAUGAGCAACGUUGAUUACACACAGGAUCUGUCUCUAGGCAACUCUUUGGCCAUGUCAAGACUUGGCAGCUAAUACAGUUUUUGUAUUCUGAUCAUGGAAUUUCUGAUCACGGAAUUCCGAACACAUCAUGUCCACACCUACGUUUAAAUGUGUCCACCGUGUCCACAUUGUGGAUUCCCUUUUCCCCGCACUAUAUUAAAAUGCCAGUGUGCAUACUGCAAACGGUGGUGGAACAGGCUAAAUAUGAUUCCACAACAUCAACUUGAUGGCUGUAGCUAACAAGCCAGCUAACCUCUGUAGAUAGCCAGGAAGCUAGCAAGGAAAGCUAAAAGGAUUGCAAAUAGGUUACCAUAACUCUAGUCAAACAUUUUUUUUAUUUUCUUCUAAAUAUUAGCUAGCUGGCUAGCAUUUGAGGCCAGCAAAACAUGUUCCUCACACGCUCUGAACGUAUUUCCUUCAACGUUAUGAUGAAAACAUGGCCUCUCGGUCCCAAAACACACGUUUUUCUGGAGACUUGUGGGUGGAGUGCUGAUGACGUCGCCCACUGUAUGCACUUUCGGUAGCCUGAUUUGUGUCUGAGGAGAAAUCCGCACACAAUGCGGCCCUGACCACCACGUGUCAGCCAGAUCUGAACCCAAUGCGGCCCUGACCACCACGUGUCAGCCAGAUCUGAACACAAUCGGACCACAAUGUGACAUUUGUGUGUGAAUGUCGACACAUUUGGCUGAAAAUGAAAUCUUAAAAAUGUAUUUAUAAUUUUAAAAAAAUGAGACUGGACCGUUCAGGAAAAUCCGCCUCAGUCUUCUAAAAGCCUAACAGCGGGACAAUUAAACAAUUGUUUUAUGCCAAAGACACCAGAAUAGCUUUCCAAGAGGCGUUGCGUGUUCCUGAGAGGUCCGGUCUCAGUCCUGACUUAAAGUUGCGUGAAAAUCUGAGAAGGUUAGAAUAUUGCUAUCCAGGCGAAGUUAGUUUACGCCCAACAUCAGUGCCCGACCUCACUAAUGCUUGUGGCUGAAUGGAAGCAAGUCCCCGUAGCAAUGUUCCAACAUCUAGUGGAAAGCCUUCCCAGAAGAGUGGAGGCUGUUAUAGCAGCAAGGGGGGGGGGGGGGGGGACCAACUCCAUAUUAAUGCCCAUGAUUUUGGAAUGAGAUGUUCGACGAGCAGGUGUCCACAUACUUUUGGUCAUGUAGUGCAGCUAGCUAGCCGGCCAGCCAGGCCAGAGAGCGAGCAUUGCAUUAUGGGUUUUGUAGGAGACUUGAGCUGCAACAGUUUUUCACAUGCUGCUACCAACUUUAUUAUAUAACGCAGUGUUUCCCCUAUAUUAGCGGUGAUGGCGCGCUGCUGCUAAAUUGUGGCGCCAAUAAUUUUCAAAAUGGUAAAACAUUUUCAGUGUGAACUUAAAUGACUAAAACCCAAGAUAUGAAGUAUGUAGAAAAUAUAUUGGAGCAAUAAGAUCAUCUUUGAGAACUAAAUAAUCAUCAAAAUAAAAACUAGACAGUCAGUGAGAAUGUAAAGUAUAAAAAAUUUCAUGGCAUUCGGCCCCUAUUGAUUCUGUUAUAACGUUUGAGUCACUCAGAUGGCAUUAGAACACAGCAUAAGGCAUGGCAAAAUGUCUAGAAUUGCAGGAAAUUAGCUUUAAAACCAUAAAAUGUUGUCUUGCCCCAUGGGAAAUGUCUCUAGAAUUGCAGGAAAUUAGCUUUAUAACAGGAGGAGGGCCUUUAACACGCCGCCAUUGGCCACACUUACUACAUUGGCCACACCCCACACACACACACACACACACACUAACUUUGCCACCACUGCUGAAAAAUAUCCUAGACAAAAAAAUGUAACAUUUGUUGACAAAAAAAUAUUCUCACAUAAUAUUAGUGUUAUUUUUACGCUGUAAAUAAUAGGAAUUAGGGGUUUUGGGUGGUCUCUCCUCUGUGUACUGUAGGUGAGUGACCUGUGACCUGUGACCUGUGACCAGCAGCCUUCGUGUUUGUCCCAAAUGGCAUCUUAUUUCCUAUUUACUGCACCACCUUUUGACCAGGUCCCAAAUCGAGUAUAGGGUGCCACUUGGGAUGCACACUAAGUGACGCUCCUAUACCCGGGUGGUAAACUUGGGAUGCACACUACCUGGGUGGUAAACUUGGGAUGCACACUACCUGGGUGGUAAACUUGGGAUGCACACUAAGUGACGCUCCUAUACCUGGGUGGUAAACUUGGGAUGCACACUAAGUGACGCUCCUAUACCUGGGUGGUAAACUUGGGAUGCACACUACCUGGGUGGUAAACUUGGGAUGCACACUACCUGGGUGGUAAACUUGGGUUGCACACUACCCGGGUGGUAAACUUGGGUUGCACACUACCUGGGUGGUAAACUUGGGAUGCACACUAAGUGACGCUCCUAUACCUGGGGUACGGGGUGCACACUACUGGGGGAACUGGAUGCACACUACCUGGGUGGUAAACUUGGGAUGCACACUAUGACGCUCCUACCUGGGUGGUAAACUUGGGAUGCACACUAAGUGACGCUCCUAUACCUGGGUGGUAAACUUGGGAUGCACACUAAGUGACGCUCCUAUACCUGGGUGGUAAACUUGGGAUGCACACUAAGUGACGCUCCUAUACCUGGGUGGUAAACUUGGGAUGCACACUAAGUGACGCUCCUAUACCUGGGUGGUAAACUUGGGAUGCACACUAAGUGACGCUCCUAUACCUGGGUGGUAAACUUGGGAUGCACACUAAGUGACGCUCCUAUACCUGGGUGGUAAACUUGGGAUGCACACUAAGUGACGCUCCUAUACCUGGGUGGUAAACUUGGGAUGCACACUAAGUGACGCUCCUAUACCUGGGUGGUAAACUUGGGAUGCACACUAAGUGACGCUCCUAUACCUGGGUGGUAAACUUGGGAUGCACACUAAGUGACGCUCCUAUACCUGGGUGGUAAACUUGGGAUGCACACUACCCGGGUGGUAAACUUGGGAUGCACACUACCUGGGUGGUAAACUUGGGUUGCACACUACCUGGGUGGUACACUUGGGUUGCACACUACCCGGGUGGUAAACCCUGUGUUAACCUGCUCCCCAGGCCCCUAAGAAGCCCGUGGUGAAGAAGGAGUGGAAAGAGAAAUGCGACGCCAAUGAAGAGAGCAAGGAGAACCGGAAGGCCAGGUCGGACGACUCUGGAGAGGAGAAGAACGGAGACGAGGACUCUCAGAAGAAUGGACAGAAGAAGAAAGGUGGGUUCCUUUUACUUGGAUUGACCUCUUAUCUUUAAAAAAAAAAAAACGAACAAAAAAACUAAACUACAGUGUAGAAAUGUGCGUGUUCACAUAUGUAGACGCUGGAGAUGGUGAAUAUGAGGUUAGGAAGUGGUGGAGUUCAUACAGCAGCUCAGAGAAACAGAACCUUGUGUGGCAGGACGUCCAACCUUUAGGGCUUUUGGCACAGAACAAAUGUUUGUCUGAACACACAAACUGUAACAAAUAGACUCUACAGUCAUUGUAUUAACAUGAUGAUGGCGUGACCUGAUUUAACAGUAUUUGGAAAAGCUGUCUGCGUUUUAAUUUACUGCUGUAGGCUUAAACAACGUAGGAAUAUCCAUUCCCACGUGAGGAAAGUGAAUCAUGUUUAGACAGACAGCCUUGUGGCUACUACACCCACACUGAGUAGGAGGCCAUGCAGGCAGGUGUUUUGGCAGCGAUAAAGGGUUGAAAUUCCACCGGCCUGCCAGCCAGCGAGUGUUUUCCUCACUGACUAGAGAGAGACUUCCCGUGCCUCUUUCUGGCCCUGCAAUACUUUUUUUUUUUUUUUUUCACUCUGUCCUUCUCGCUCUCCCUUUCUCCCUCCCUCCCUGGACUCGCCUCUGGCAGACGGUUCAGGUCAAUCACAACCAAACCUCCUGUCACCUGAACAGCUUUAUCCCCCCCUACGCUGGGGCCCUCACCAACCGGCCACCUGGUCCAUGUUGAUCUUCCUACUUAGACUAUGCACCCUGCACUAUUCAUCCAUGGACUAUGCACCCUACACUUUCAUCCUACAACUGCACAUUGCACUCUGCACUACCUUAGGCCCCUGCCACUGACAGACUCUCAUUCAUAUAUAUAUAUAUAUAUAUAUACACACACACACUUACUACCGGUCAAAAGUUUUAGAACACAUACUCAUUCAAGUUUUUUUAUGUAUUUUUUUUUUUUUACUAUUUUCUACAUUGUAGAAUAAUAGUGAAAACAAACUAUGAAAUAACACAUAUGGAAUGAUGUAGUAACCAAAAACGUUUAACAAAUCAAAAUAUAUUUUAUAUUUGAGAUUCUUCAAAUAGCCACCCUUUGCGCCUUGAUGACAGCUUUGCACACUCUUUGCAUAUAUAUAAUAUAUAUAUAUAUCUCUCUCUCUCUGUUGAAGUCGGAAGUUUACAUACACUUAGGUUGGAGUCAUUAAAACUCGUUUUUCAACCACUCCACACAUUUCUUGUUAACAAACUAUAGUUUUGGCAAGUCGUUUAGGACAUCUACUUUGUGCAUGACACAAGUAAUUUUUCCAACAAUUGUUUACAGACAGAUUUCACUUAUAAUUCACUAUCACAAUUCCAUUGGGUCAGAAGUUUACAUACACUAAGUUGACUGUGCCUUUAAACAGCUUGGAGAAGUCCAGAAAAUGGCUUUAGAAGCUUCUGAUAGGCUAAUUGACAUCAUUUGAGUCAAUUGGAGGUGUACCUGUGGAUGUAUUUCAAGGCCUACCUUCAAGAUCAGUGCCUCUUUGCUUGACAUCAUGGGAAAAUCAAAAGAAAUCAGCCAAGACCUCAGAAAAAUGUAUAAACCUCCACAAGUCUGGUUCAUCCUUGGGAGCAAUUUCCAAACGCCUGAAGGUACCACGUUCAUCUUUACAAACAAUAGUAUGCAAGUAUAAACACCAUGGGACCAUGCAGCCGUCACACCACUCAGGAAGGAGACGCGUUCUGUCUCCUAGAGAUGAACGUACUUUGGUGCGAAAAGUGCAAAUCAAUCCCAGAACAAAAGCAAAGGACCUUGUGAAGAUGCUGGAGGAAACAGGUACAAAAGUAUCUAUAUCCACAGUAAAACGAGUCCUAUAUCGACAUAACCUGAAAGGCCUCUCCUCAAGGAAGAAGCCACAAACUACGGUUUGCAACUGCACAUGGGGACAAAGGUCGUACCUUUUGGAGAAAUGUCCUCUGGUCUGAUGAAACAAAAACAGAACUGUUCAGCCAUAAUGACCAUCAUUAUGUUUGGAGGAAAAAGGGGGAUCCUUGCAAGCCGAAGAACACCAUCCCAACCGUGAAGCACGGGGGUGGCAGCAUCAUGCUGUGGGAGUGCUUUGCUGCAGGAGGGACUGGUUCACUUCACAAAAUAGAUGGCAUCAUGAGGAAGGAUAUAUCGAAGCAACAUCUCAAGACAUCAGUCAGGAAGUUAAAGCUUGGUCUCAAAUGGGUCUUCCAAAUGGACAAUGACCCCAAGCAUACUUCCAAAGUUGUGGCAAAAUGGCUUAAGGACAACAAAGUCAAGGUAUUGGAGUGGCCAUCACAAAGCCCUGACCUCAAUCCUGUAGACAAUUUGUGGGCAGAACUGAAAAAGUGUUUGCGCGUAAGGAGGCCUUCAAACCUGACUCAGUUCCACCAGCUCUGUGAGGAGGAAUGGGACAAAAUUCACCCAACUUAUUGUGGGAAGCUUGUGGAAGGCUACCCAAAAUGUUUCACCCAAGUUAAACAAUUUAAAGGCAAUGCUACCAAAUACUAAUUGAGUGUAUGUAAACUUCUGGCACUCUGGGAAUGUGAUGAAAGAAAUAAAAGCUGAAAUAAUAAUUAUCUCUCUUCAUUUCACAUUCUUAAAAUAAAGUGUUGAUCCUAAUUGACCUAACAGGGAAUCUUUACUAGGAUUAAAUGUCAGGAAUUGUGUAAAACUGAGUUUAAAUGUAUUUGGCUAAGGUGUAUGUUAACUUCCGACUUCAACUGUAUAUAUGGUUAUUCCUGUGACUGUAGUCAUUUUGCUGACCAAUAACCGUCAUCCAAAAUUCCAUGAGCGUCACAAGCCUAAUCUCUACACAUAGUUACAGUGGCUUGCGAAAGUAUUCACCCCCCUUGGCAUUUUUCCUAUUUUGUUGCCUUACAACCUGGAAUUAAAAUUGAUUUUUUUUGGGGGGGGGGGUUGUAUCAUUUGAUUUACACAACAUGCCUACCACUUUGAAGAUGCAAAAUAUUUUUGGGUGAAACAAACAACAAAUAAGACAAUUAAACAGAACUUGAGCGUGCAUAACUAUUCACCACACCAAAGUCAAUACUUUGUAGAGCCACCUUUUGCAGCAAUUACAGUUGCAAGUCUCUUGGGGUAUGUCUCUAUAAGCUUGGCACAUCUAGCCGCUGGGAUUUUUGCCCAUUCUUCAAGGUAAAACUGCUCCAGCUCCUUCAGGUUGGAUGGGUUCCGCUGGUGUACAGCAAUCUUUAAGUCAUACCACAGAUUCUCAAUUGGAUUGAGUUCUGGGCUUUGACUAGGCCAUUCCAAGACAUUUAAAUGUUUCCCUUUAAACCACUCAAGUGUUGCUUUAGCAGUAUGCUUAGGGUCAUUGUCCUGCUGGAAGGUGAUCCUCUGUCCCAGUCUCAAAUCUCUGGAAGACUGAAACAGGUUUCCCUCAAGAAUUUCCCUGUAUUUAACACCAUCAUUCCUUCAAUUCUGACCAGUUUCCCAGUCCCUGCCGAUGGAAAAACAUCCUCACAGCAUGAUGCUGCCACCACCAUGCUUCACUGUGGGGAUGGUGUUCUCGGGGUGAUGAGAGGUGUUGGGUUUGCGCCAGACAUAGCGUUUUCCUUGAUGGCCAAAAAGCUCAAUUUUAGUCUCAUCUGACCAGAGUACCUUCUUCCAUAUGUUUGGGGAGUCUCCCACAUGCCUUUUGGCGAACACCAAACGUGUUUGCUUAUUUUUUUCAUUAAGCAAUGGCUUUUUUCUGGCCACUCUUCCGUAAAGCCCAGCUCUGUGGAGUGUACGGCUUAAAGUGGUCCUAUGGACAGAUACUCCAAUCUCCGCUGUGGAGCUUUGCAGCUCCUUCAGGGUUAUCUUUGGUCUCUGUUGCCUCUCUGAUUAAUGCCCUCCUUGCCUAGUCUGUGAGUUUUGGUGGGCGUCCCUCUCUUGGCAGGUUUGUUGUGCUGCCAUAUUCUUUUCAUUUUUAAAUAAUGGAUUUAAUGGUGCUCCGUGGGAUGUUCAAAGUUUCUGAUAUUUUUUUAUAACCCAAUCCUGAUCUGUACUUCUCCACAACUUUGUCCCUGACCUGUUUUGAGAGCUCCUUGGUCUUCAUGGUGCCGCUUGCUUGGUGGUGCCCCUUGCUUAGUGGUGUUGCGGACUCUGGGGCCUUUCAGAACAGGUGUGUAUAUAUACUGAGAUCAUGUGACACUUAGAUUGCACACAGGUGGACAUUAUUUAACUAAUUAUGUGACUUCUGAAGGUAAUUGGUUGCACCAGAUCUUAUUUAGGGGCUUCAUAACAAAAGUUGUGAAUACAUAUGCAUGCAUCACUUUUCCAUUGUUUAUUUUUUAGAAUGUUUUGAAACUAGUUUAUUUUUUUAUUUUAUUUCACUUCACCAAUUUGUAGUAUUUUGUGUAUGUCCAUUACAUGAAAUCCAAAUAAAAAUCAAUUUAAAUUACAGGUUGUAAUGCAACAAAAUAGGAAAAACACCAAGGGGGAUGAGUAACUUUUGCAAGCCACUGUAUAAUGUAGUUCAUAGUGCAGUCUGUAGUGUUUUUAGCUUCAGUAUUCAUAGUGUACAUAAUGUAUGUGGAUAUAUUUUGUAUUUUUCUGUAUAUUGUCUAUAACUCUGCAGGACCGUUAAAUUCCUGUACGUGCAAAUAUGUAUUUGGCAAGUAAAGGUGACUUAUUCUCCCACCCACCUUCAGCAGACAGGGCCACGUCACUCUUGCUCUCCCAGAGUACACCAUCAAGAGUGACGUGGCCCUGUGCCCAUCUGCUGACGGUGUAGCUGUGAAUCACUUCAGUCCAACGUGCUCGCUCUAGUCUUCUGCGCUCACGCACACUCCACUAACAGACCGCUGACACCGCCAGCUGGCCAGCAAGGGAACUACACCUCAGGCUGAAUAAAACAUGGGGGGAGGGCACUGUUCCAGCGAUGACAAAACUGAGUAGUUUGUGCAGUAAACGGAGUAAAACGUGGGGUAUUUAUUUUAGAUGUCAGACUUCUCAAUUGGAUUUAGAGUUCCAGCCGUGAAACCUUAAAAAAAAUAAAAUGUAAUAUGUAGGGCAGGAGAAGUUACAGUGCAGCUUGUUCAGUGCUGCUCUGUCGUUCCCCCUGCACACGUCAACUAGUUUCCUGCUAUCCCGGUCUGCCUGCAUCUCACGCUUGGUCUGGCAUGAAUCAAAAUAAUCAAAAAAUAUUGGUGUUGUGUAAAUGUGACAGACCGGCGCCUCUCUAACAGCUGUGUGGUGUGUGUGUGUGUGUGUGUGUAGGAAACAAGCACAAGUGGGUGCCGCUGAUGAUGGAGGUGAAGUCGGAGGGGCCCAGAGAGCGCUCGGCCUCCAGGAACAACACCCGUCAGAACGAGGUUCCCAGGAUGCCCCCCAACAACAGGAACGACCUCCGAGGUGACUGACAUCAUCACCCAGCGCCAGCCUGAAUGUCAGCCUGGCUGGGUUGCAAAUAGCACCCUUUUCCCUAUAUAGUGCACUACUUUUGAUCAGAGCCAGUAUUCCCUAUAUUCAGUGCCUUCAGAGAGUAUUUAGACCACUGCGCCUGAGUGGCGCAGUGGUCUAAGGCACUGUAUCGCAGUGCUAACUGUGCCACUAGAGAUCCUGGUUCGAAUCCAGGCUCUGUCGCAGCCGGCCGCGACCGGGAGACUCAUGGGCGGCGCACAAUUGGCCCAGCGUCGUCCAGGGUAGGGGAGGGAAUGGCCGGCAGGGAUGUAGCUCAGUUGAUAGAGCAUGUCGUUUGCAACGCCAGGGUUGUGGGUUCGAUUCCCACGGGGGCCAGUAUAAAAAAAUAUAUAUAUAUGUAUUCACUAACUGUAAGUCGCUCUGGAUAAGAGCGUCUGCGAAAUGACUAACAUGUAAAAAUGUAAAUGUAAUUCACACACCUUGACCUUUUCCACAUUUUUGUUGUGUUACAGCCUUAAUUUAAAAUGGAUUAAAUUGAAAAACAAUUAUCACUGGCCUACACACAAUACCCCAUGAUGUCAAAGUGGAAUUGUGUUUUUAGACAUUUUUACAAAUUAAUUACAGAUGUAAAGCUGACAAGUCUUAAGUCAAUAAGUGUUUAACCCCUUUGUUAUGGCAAGCCUAAAUAUGUUCAGGAGUAAAAAGACUCACAGCUGUAGUCGUUGCCAAAGGUGAUUCUAACAUGUAUUGACUCAUGGGGUUGAAUACUUACGUAAUCAAGAUAUAGUUGUUUAUAACCAGUGGUGGUGUUACGGGGGGGGGGGGGGGGGGGGGGUAUACAGACAAUAGCCUUAUUUGGUAAAAGACCAAGUCCAUAUUAUGGCAAGAACAGCUCAAAUAAGCAAAGAGAAAUGACAGUCCAUCAUUACUUUAAGACAUGAAGGUCAGUCAAUCUGGAACAUUUCAAGAACUUUGAAAGUGUUUUUCAAGUGCAGUCGCAAAAACAAUCAAGCACUAUGAAGAAACUGGCUCUCAUGAGGACAGCCACGGGAAAGGAAGACCCAGAGUUACCUCUGCUGCAGAGGAUAAGUUCAUUAGAGUUAUCUGCACCUCAUAUUGCAGCCCAAAAAAAUGCUUCACAGAGUUCAAGUAACAGACACAUCUCAACAUCAACUGUUCAGAGGAGACUGCGUUAAUCAGCUGCAAAGAAACCACUACUAAAGGACACCAAUAGUAAGAAGAGACUUGCUUGGGCCAAGAAACACGAGCAAUGGACAUUAGACCGGUGGAAAUCUGUCCUUUGGUCUGAUGAGUCCAAAUUUGAGAUCUUUGGUUCCAACCGCCGUGUCUUUGUGAGACGCGGAGUAGGUGAACCCAUGUUCUCCGCAUGUGUGGUUCCCACCGUGAAGCAUGGAGGAGGAGGAGGUGUGGGGGUGCUUUGCUGGUUUCACGGUCUGUGAUUUAUUUAGAAUUCAAGGCAGACUUAACCAGCAUGGCUACCACAGCAUUCUGCAGCAAUGCGCCGUAUUAUCUGGUUUGCUUAUUUCAGCUGUUCUUGCCAUAAUAUGGACUUGGUCUUUUACCAAAUAGGGCUAUAUGCAGGAAACCCCCCCCACCCCACCUUGCCACAACCCAACUGAUUGGCUCAAACGCGUUAAGAAGGAAAGAAAUUCCACAAAUUAACUUUUAAGAAGGCACACCUGUUAAUUGAAAUGCUUUCAAGGUGACUACCUCAUUAAACUGUUUAGGAGAAUGCCUAGAGUGUGAAAAGCUGUCAUCAAGGCAAAGGGUGGCUACUUUGAAGAAUCUAAAAUAUAUUUUGAUUUAACACUUGUUUGGUUACUACAUGAUUCCAUAUGUGUUAUUUCAUAGUUUUACAAUGUAGAAAAUAGUAAAUAUAAUGAAAAACCCUUGAAUGAUUGGCCUGGGAGGGCAUAAAAUAACAAAAGGCUAACACCUCGCUAGGUGUUGUACUAAGGUUGUUUAGUAUUAUUACAAGGGGUAAAACUUAGAGAUAGAUCUAUCUCUCUCUCACACACUUAACUGUAUAACGGAUUUUGUUAUUUUUUCUAAGAGGCGAGCACAAAAAAAAAAAAAAAAAAAAAAUUGAGACAAUUUAAAUGUUACCCCUUGUAAUAAUACAAUAUCUAAACAACCUUAGUACAACACCUAGCAACCUCACCAAGAGGUUUUAGCCUGUUGUUAUUUUAGCGACAGGGAGUAGAACCCGGGCCUCUGGCAUGCAAGGCAAACGCGCUACAGUAGGAUCGCUACACUGCCCCCACUGGACGGGAAGGCACAUCCCUGUGCUUCCACUACACAGCCCCCUAGCACGUCCUAGCCAUGCACUCAGAUUACCUGACUGCUGCCAUCCCAGUUCUGACACCAAUGUAGCAAAUGUCGGUGGGCAGGGAAGCGAAACCGGAAGGCAAACACCCUACGCAUCAUGCCAAUAGGGUUGCCCCACUCGGUGGGAAUUGUAACCUGACUCGUAUAGCAAGGAUCACGACAGUAUAAUGGUUUUGAAAUUAGGCACAGGGACCAGGGUCUGAGGGUUUUGACUAGGUCGACUACAGCUAUGACCGGAAGGGACUUUUUUGUUUGUUUUUUUGUAGCGGGUUAGGAGAAUUAACUUCGCUGGUUAGGAGAAUUAGGUUAAUGUUAGGGUUAUCUAAAAUGCUCUCCUAACCUGCUAUGAAAAGUAACUUCUAGUUGUAGCUGUGCUUCACAACCGAUUUUGGAGUCCCAGUCAGGGUACCCCCCCCCCCCCCCCCCCCCCCUCAAUCCACUACAUUGGUGUCAGGUGUGGGACAGCCCCAUUGAAAGCCUGUCCCAGCUGAGUUUUAGUCACAGUUCAUUUUUCAGAGGCAUAGAUCUACCAUUUUUCAGAAUUGAAUGUGAUAAAAUAUAUAGCGGUCUAGUGAAGUAACACCUAUUCUUACUAUACCGAAAUGCUUCAGCUUUAAUUGUACAUUUUAACUCUACCAUACAAAAUAUUACCGUACAAAAUAUUUUGACAGCUGAAGCAAGCCCACACAUUUUCUUCAGGAAAUAUUCCUGUUCUAUUUUAGUCAUUUUAUAGGGCCUUUAUAAAAUCCAAAUUCAGUUUCUCCAGGUUUUCACUCUCAAAUUCACACUUAAAAUUUUUUUUUUUAUAACAACCAAAUUGGAUGUUUUUAAGUUCACAAUAAUGUUUUAGCCACAUCAGGAGACAACAUUUGAAUAAAAUUUAUUUUUAAAAUAUAUUUUUGGAAGGGAAUACUUCCCCUUUUUUAAUUCAACAGGCAGCUAGCAAGGGACCGUUGUGUUGCUUUCAGGCUAGUGGCGUUUCUGUGCUGCACGUGUGAUGGCAGAGUAUAAGACCCUGUAUCUCAGUCCUAUAUCUUACCUUUAGAAGGGUUUACUUCAGGCAGACUACCUUCUAGAGUUGCAAUGCCCCAUUUUAAAUUGAAUGUCCAAAUCAAGGAUUUUCACAAAAAUACGUUUUUUUGCAGCGACCCAAUCCAAAAGGUAGGCUAGAGCUGACAUUUUUAUUUUAUUUUGACUGUUCACAUGAUUCGAUUUCACCAUGUUUGAACCGAACCCCAACUACUAUAAUGGCGAAGCAAAUCAUUUGGAUUUGUCAUUUUCAUAUGAAUUUAAAAUAUGAAGUGGGACCAUCCGUUUAUACAGUAAAUGAACAUUUCUAUGUCCUAAAGGUUAUAUGUAAUAGAUAAUCAUUUGAUUCUGCUGGAACAAGGCUUGGUUUAGCUUUUAUAAAGGGGUCAACAUUGACAUUCAUUUUGUUUUAUUUGAGUGUGUUUUACAAGUUUUUUUAUUUUCUCAGACUGGCACAGCGGGAAGUACGAGCGUGAAUGGCGUGAGGACCAUGAUGAGGUGUCCAGCGUGAAGAGCGAGGGUGCUCCCUUCCGUGCCGGGUUCCGGGGGCGUGGUCGUGGCAGGGGCCGGGGCCGGGGACGAGGAAGAGGCGGUAGCAGCAGAGGUGAGCUCUCCAACCCUCAAGGCUCUCUGUAGAACAAUACUGGCGAAUGAAGCUUAGCCACAUGUCUUGAAGCCCAGCCAAGCUCUCCACUCUGCUAGCUCUCUGCUAGCUCUCUCUCUCUCUCUCUGUCUGUGUGGUUGUGCUCAUGGCUUUGCCUUUGUCCUAUCUAACCCUGAUCUGGCCCCACCUAAGGAUACAGUAAAAACAAAGCAAUUUAAUAACAACCGGAGUGUGUUAGUACGAGGCAAGGCCUGUGAUCCCUCAGUGCCACGAGGGGGAUGCAGGGUGCCCGGGCCUGCUGGUUUUGGCCACCAGCCUCUCCCCUCUGGCUGGGCCAUGGAAGUCUGCCUGCCUGCCUCCAACAGGAAACACUGCCCCCCCCCUUAAUUUGAGGAGAAAGUGGGAGGAACAGGGUGAGUGGAGAAAAGUUAACACACUCCUUUCUCCACCCGACCCAUCCCCUAUCGUGAUGAAACCUGCCGUUCUCCUUCCUUACUAGGCCAAGAUCCCUCCGUUUUGGAGUUUUACGACUCUUCUCUCUCUCCACAGGAACACACCGUUUCAGCAGUCUUUAAGAAUGUUUUCCUGACAGGACGCCAUAUUUAAGUCUUUAAACACAUAUUUAGAGACAUAUUUACUCUCUGGCUCUCUUAGCUUGUUCCAAUUUUAGAGUGGAAUCGCACGCCUUCCUAAGCUCAACCGCUGUGCGGCGAAUGUCUCUCUGCUGUUGCUGAACCGUCUCUGUAGCCUGGUUUAUUUUAGUAGGUUUGUAACAGCCACCCUGUAAUGGUUGACUACUACCGUGUCUCCCGCCAGGUCGCUAUGACUACCAUCAUGGCUACAAGGCCUACGACGGAAAGGACGGCGCCUACGGCCAGAAGUUUGGCGCUCCAGUGACCUACUACUACGACAACAUGAGCAGCAACGACCUGUACUCUGUGGACCAGGACCUGCUCAAGGACUACAUCAAGAGGCAGAUGUGAGUACUACCGUUGGUUACUACGCUCUAUAACUACUACCGUUGGUUACUACGCUCUAUAACGACUACCGUUGGUUACGACGCUCUAUAACGACUACCGUUGGUUACUACGCUUUAUAACGACUACCGUUGGUUACUACGCUUUAUAACGACUACCGUUGGUUACUACGCUUUAUAACGACUACCGUUGGUUACUACGCUUUAUAACGACAACCGUUGGUUACUACGCUUUAUAACGACUACCGUUGGUUACGGCGCUCUAUAACGACUACCGUUGGUUACGGCGCUCUAUAACUACUACCGUUGGUUACUACGCUUUAUAACGACUACCGUUGGUUACGACGCUUUAUAACGACUACCGUUGGUUACGACGCUCUAUAACUACUACCGUUGGUUACUACACUCUAUAACUACUACCGUUGGUUACUACGCUUUAUAACGACUACCGUUGGUUACGACGCUUUUAUAACGACUAACGUUGGUUACUACGCUCAUAACUACUACCGUUGGUUCGUAUAACGACUACUGUAGUUAUAACGACUACCGUUGGUUACUACGCUCUAUAACGACUACCGUUGGUUACUACGCUCUAUAACAUACCUACACCUAUAACGACUACCGUUGGUUACUACGCUCUAUAACGACUACCGUUGGUUACGACGCUCUAUAACGACUACCGUUGGUUACGGCGCUCUAUAACGACUACCGUUGGUUACUACGCUCUAUAACGACUACCGUUGGUUACGACGCUUAUAACGACUACCGUUGGUUACUACGCUCUAUAACUACUACCGUUGGUUACAGCGCUCUAUAACGACUACCGUUGGUUACGACGCUCUAUAACGACUACCGUUGGUUACGACGCUCUAUAACGACUACCGUUGGUUACGGCGCUCUAUAACGACUACCGUUGGUUACUACGCUCUAUAACUACUACCGUUGGUUACGACGCUCUAUAACGACUACCGUUGGUUACUACGCUCUAUAACGACUACCGUUGGUUACUACGCUCUAUAACUACUACCGUUGGUUACGGCGCUCUAUAACGACUACCGUUGGUUACUACGCUCUAUAACUACUACCGUUGGUUACGGCGCUCUAUAACGACUACCGUUGGUUACUACGCUCUAUAACUACUACCGUUGGUUACGGCGCUCUAUAACUACUACCGUUGGUUAACGCUCUAUACAUACCGUUGGUUACUACGCUCUAUAACUACUACCGUUGGUUACGGCUCAUAACAUACUGACGCUCUAUACAUACCGUUGGUUACGCUCUAUAACUACUACCGUUGGUUACUACGCUCUAUAACGACUACCGUUGGUUACUACGCUCUAUAACUACUACCGUUGGUUACGGCGCUCUAUAACGACUACCGUUGGUUACUACGCUCUAUAACGACUACCGUUGGUUACUACGCUCUAUAACGACUACCGUUGGUUACCGCUCUAUACUAUACGUUGGUUACCGCUCUAUAACUACUACCGUUGGUUACUACGCUCUAUAACGACUACCGUUGGUUACGCUCUAUAACCUACCGUUGGUUACUACGCUCUAUAACGACUACCGUUGGUUACUACGCUCUAUAACGACUACCGUUGGUUACGGCGCUCUAUAACUACUACCGUUGGUUACUGCGCUCUAUAACUACUACCGUUGGUUACUACGCUCUAUAACGACUACCGUUGGUUACUACGCUCUAUAACGACUACCGUUGGUUACGGCGCUCUAUAACUACUACCGUUGGUUACGGCGCUCUAUAACGACUACCGUUGGUUACUACGCUCUAUAACGACUACCGUUGGUUACGACGCUCUAUAACUACUACCGUUGGUUACUACGCUUAUAACGACUACGUGGUUACUACGCUCUAUAAGACUACCGUUGGUUACGGCGCUCUAUAACGACUACCGUUGGUUACUACGCUCUAUAACGACUACCGUUGGUUACUACGCUAAACACUACGUUGGUUACGCUCUAUAACUACUACCGUUGGUUACUACGCUCUAUAACGACUACCGUUGGUUACUACGCUCUAUAACUACUACCGUUGGUUACGACGCUCUAUAACGACUACCGUUGGUUACUGCGCUCUAUAACUACUACCGUUGGUUACGGCGCUCUAUAACGACUACCGUUGGUUACUACGCUUUAUAACGACUACCGUUGGUUACUACGCUUUAUAACGACUACCGUUGGUUACUACGCUCUAUAACGACUACCGUUGGUUACUACGCUCUAUAACGACUACCGUUGGUUACUACGCUCUAUAACGACUACCGUUGGUUACUACGCUCUAUAACGACUACCGUUGGUUACUACGCUCUAUAACUACUACCGUGGUUGGUUUACUACCUUUAUAACGACUACGUUGGUUACUACGCUCUAUAACGACUACCGUUGGUUACGAGCGCUCUAACGAUACCGUUGGUUACUACGCUCUAUAACGACUACCGUUGGUUACGGCGCUCUAUAACGACUACCGUUGGUUACACGCUCAUAAACGACUACCGUUGGUUACUACGUCUCUAUAACGACUACCGUUGGUUACGGCGCUCUAAACUACACGUUGGUACACGCUCUAAACUACUACCGUUGGUUACUACGCUCUAUACUAACUACCGUUGGUUACUACGCUCUAUAACGACUACCGUUGGUUACUACGCUCUAUAAUACUAUACGUUGGUUACUACGCUUUUAAUACUUCUUCACGCGCUCUAAAAGACUACUUUAACCUUAUAAUGACGUUGUCACCUACGCUCUCAUAAGUUGGUUACUCAGCCUAUACUACUGUAACGUCUGCUUGGAUACAGAGCGUCUCUAAACUGAUCGUUAGGUUACAGCUCAUAGAGCAACUACGGAUGGUACUCAUUUUUAGCUCAGGGUUAAUAUGUAAAUACUUCGCGCUUACAGCGCUUUAUAAAGAUACGUUGGUUCCACUUUAACGCGUAUGUGGUUAGCCACAAAUUACAGACAGUUGUCACCGACUCUACGAUUUUCUACUCAAAUUCCAGCUCCAAUACAACGGAUUGCAGUUGAAAUUCCAUUCAUUUCCACUCCAAAACGAAGCUUAGAAUGUGGCCAAAUCUUUAGUUUCAACACUUUCCCCACAUUGUAUUAUUAAAUUCCCUGACGUUGGCUUUGCCAAAUUUCUUUUUUUUUUUAGAUUUUGUUCUAUUGAGCAUGUCUUCAUGAAGGCAUUCUAAUUCUAGGAAGACUGCCUUAAUCCUCCUCGUUUUGACUUCCUGUAUCUCUCCUGUAGUGAGUACUACUUCAGCCUUGACAACCUGGAGCGGGACUUCUUCCUGCGCAGGAAGAUGGAUCAGGAGGGCUUCCUGUCUCUUGGCCUGGUCGCCAGCUUCCACAGGGUGCAGGCUCUUACCACCGACGUCAACCUCAUCAUAGAGGUACGUACGCAAGAUGGCUUUAGCUCCAGAAAUAAAUAUGUCUCUAUGCCUUCAGACCUCAUCAGCUUUAUAAUUUGUAGAUAAUUCAAGGCUUUUCAUCGAGCUUUGACUUCUAAAAAAAAAAAAAACUGUUUCUGCAGUAGUUUCUUUACCUCAAAGCUUUUAGACGUUUUUGAAUGUAAUGCAUGAAUGUGUUCCAACUCCCCAGGCAUUGAGCAUAUUCUAGAUCAGGACAGGGGUGCCGGAUUCGGCCAGCAAGGGGUCCAAUCCUGCCCUCGUGGUUUUAGGAGAACAAAUACACUCCAAAAAAAACACACACUCAUAUAGAGUAGAUGGAUACUAUGUCAUUGUGUCUCAUUCCCUCAACGCUCUUAAAUCUACCCGUAGUCUUUGAAGGGCAGCAAAGAGGUGGAGAUCAUUGAAAUGAAGAUCCGUCGGAAGGUAGAACCGGAGAAGUGGCCUCUACCAGGUCUGUCCAUGGGACCGGACCACAACCAGGUGGACUUGACCCAGCUCAUCCACUGCCCCGAGUUCGUGCCCCGGCAGAUGCCCACUGAGCAGACAGGUAUAGCAACUACACCCACUAUGCCAAGCCACACACUAUAAAACAGAUGGAGAACCUGCAUCGCGAAGUCCCUAUCAGAACGGGUGGGUAUCCAUUUAGCUACUCAAAACAGGUAUAUCGAUCCACCUAGUCAGCGAAACCCACUGUAACAGACUGGUGUAUUUAGAAUCCUAGCAAUAUAGUGACUAUCGAACAGACCUGAGUAUAUAUCUUCACAUCCACUAUCGAACAGACCUGAGUAUAUAUCUUCACAUCCACUAUCGAACAGACCUGAGUAUAUAUCUUCACAUCCACUAUUGAACAGACCUGAGUAUAUAUCUUCACAUCCACUAUCGAACAGACCUGAGUAUAUAUCUUCACAUCCACUAUCGAACAGACCUGAGUAUAUAUCUUCACAUCCACUAUCGAACAGACCUGUGUAUAUAUCUUCACAUCCACUAUCAAAACAGACAGUUGCACUUGGCCAUACAGAGUUGACUCUUUCAGCACACGGCUGUACUCCGCCACCUAGCCAGCCACAGUCACCGUCUACUUGACAGUGUCUCGCAAUCCACUUACAGCAUUACAACACUCCGGUGAAGGCUAAACGCCUCCACGUUGGCUCAGUUUGGGCCUUAGUCCAGGCCCCUGGGUUUUCUUAAGGACGGAGGUGUGAUACACAGUGUGAUACCGUGAGGUGUGGAAACCAUAGGACUUAUUUCACCCUGCUCCUCUUGAGGACUCGCGCUGAUUCAGUCAAGGGCUCUCUUGCUGUGUUAAGUAGAUGUUGAUUUUAGUCCCAUUGGGUAACUAGUUCAAGGAGUGUGAAAGGUAACUAUGUCGGCGUACCAAAUAGCACACUACAUUUAUAUAGGGAAUAUGGUGCUGUUUAGGACUUAGACACUGAUCAGUCCAUCCGGUAGUUCAAGGGGAAUGGAAGGUUGCUGAUAUAGUGAGCUCACUCACCUGUCUCACCACCUUGUACAUCUGUAGGCUUGUCUACUGAUCACCCGUCUGUCUGUCUGUCCCACCUUGUACAUCUGUAGGCUUGUCUACUGAUCACCCGUCUGUCUGUCUGUCCCACCUUGUACAUCUGUAGGCUUGUCUACUGAUCACCCGUCUGUCUGUCUGUCCCACCUUGUACAUCUGUAGGCUUGUCUACUGAUCACCCGUCUGUCUGUCUGUCCCACCUUGUACAUCUGUAGGCUUGUCUACUGAUCACCUGUCUGUCUGUCUGUCCACCUUGUACAUCUGUAGGCUUGUCUACUGAUCACCCGUCUGUCUGUCUGUCCACCUUGUACAUCUGUAGGCUUGUCUACUGAUCACCUGUCUGUCUGUCUGUCUGUCUGUCCACCUUGUACAUCUGCAGGCUUGUCUACUGAUCACCUGUCUGUCUGUCUGUCUGUCCACCUUGUACAUCUGUAGGCUUGUCUAGACUAGGGAUCACCUAUAGUCAAUCUAAUCGACAGAAUCUGCUCCAGGGUCUCCCCGGUCCUCCACGCCCACCAGGGGCUCGACCAGGGCCUCCAUGCAGCCCAAAGUGGAGCAGGACGUGUCCAACCUGAAGAGCAUGUCCAAGGGUCUGUCGGCGAGUCUGCCCGACCUGGACUCGGAGUCCUGGAUCGAGGUGAAGAAGAGGCCCAGGCCCUCCCCGGCCCGACCCAAGGUGAGUGGAGCUGAAGGAGAGGAGAGGAGAGGAGAGGGACGGAGCGUGUCCGGAAGGGGGAUUCAAACACUAAGUACGUUUCAGCACAUAGAAAUGUAAUGUGUAGAUAUGACAUGAUUGUCUAUUGGCCCCUUCCUCUCUCUUACUCCAGUCACUCUGUGUCCAGUCUGAGUGGUCUGGCAUUGAUAGAGGAUGCAGAACCAUGGCUCUGUCACCCCUCUCUCUCUCAUACAAGACUAUCGUCCUACAUGAGGCUUGUGAUAGCUGUCAAAAAAGGUUGUCUAUUCUUCAUGACAAAGAUGAGUGUCGGUUCUAUGUAUUUUCACCUGAACGUUCUGUAUUGUUGCGUCCUGAAAAAGCCCCUGGGGUUGUUCCGUUUGCAGGUUUUUUGUUUCAGCAAUUAAUUACUGCUAUGGAUUAAGGCUGGGAAUUGCCACGGACCUCACAAAACGAUAUUAUCGCGAUACUUGGGUACCGAUAUGUAUUGAGAUCCAACACUGAUUUUAUUGCGAUUUGUUGUUCCAAACAUAUUGCUCACCAUAUGUCUACUGCAGAGGGACAAGAGCCAUGAGAAAAUGAGUUUUGAUCAGUCAUGGAAAUAUAAGUGCUGAAAACCAAUUUGUCUCCCUAUUUAAAAAGAAGAUGCAGAAACAGCUAUGAAGGAAAUACUGGCGUUUUGGUGCAGGUAUAGCCAACUAGCGCCAAAAUAAUAUUGCGAUAUUGUCAAAACGAUACGACAAUAUAUUGUCAAAAAUACUACUAUGGAUAUCAGGGCAGUUGCGCAUCGUCAUGCUUACAACAAAACCCAAUGCUUGCAACAUGAUGCUUGCAACAAAAACUUGUUAACAAAGGCUUCUUUCCUAUUUAGUGCACUAUUCCCUAUUUAGUGCACUACUUUGGACCAGAGCCUUAGUCCAAAAGGAGUGCACUACAUAAUAGGGAAUAGGGUGCCAUUUUGUGGUAUGUCCAUACCUCUACAUUGCCCUCUCUCCACUUCCUUGUCUCCCUCUCCACCUCGUCAUCCAUCCAUGUCCCCCUCCCUCCUCACUUGGGCGGUGACUGAUGGUAGACCCCCUCGUUGCAGCAGAAGGACGAGGCUGUCUCCCCGGUGCCCCAGCCAGGGCCCAGCCCGAUCCCCUCGGCCUCCUCAGCCCCCAUGGCAGCCAGGGAGGAGCAGGACGAGCCCGAGGAGCUGGACUUCAUGUUCGACGAGGAGAUGGAGCAGAUAGACGGCCGCAGGAACACCUUCACCGACUGGUCCGACGACGACUCGGACUGCGAAAUCGCCGACAACGACGUCAACAAAAUCCUCAUCGUGACGCAGACGCCGCCUUACCUGCGGAAGCACCCGGGGGGCGACCGCACGGGCAACCACACGUCGCGCUCCAAGCUGACCAACGAGCUGGUGAAGGUGAUCAACGACGGCCUGUACUACUACGAAGCCGAUCUGUGGGACGAUAACUACGAACCCGAGUACGCCACCAUCAAGGUCAGUCCCUUUCACGAACGCUUCAACUCUUAUCUAGAAUAGGGACAUUCAUGCAAGGUAAGUUGAGUUAAACAGGGUUUAGUAUUUUUCGUUAUGUUUCAAUUAACACAGGUGAGAGUGUUCACUAGGACAAGGCUGGAGAUCACUCUUUUACGAGUGUUGCCGAUGGGGAAUGUAGGUGAAUAGCAGAAUUUUCCUUAAGGAGUAACUCACUAUUUAGGGAAUAGUCUAACUAAUUCCAGAUCUCCAGUUAAUUCAGGCCUAGCUUCCCCCAGGCCCAGAAACCAUUUCAACAAUAACAAACAAUAACAAAACAAACUGUUAUGAACAGCGAAUGCGUACCACUGAUAUAACUUAAGUGGGCUAUUCUGAAAAGUUCCAGGUGUCUAUUCUGGCUGCGGGGGUGGACGUUUCUGUCCAAGGCCCGUACGCACGCACGCACGCGCGUGUGUUUCUGGAUGUGGCAGGCCACAGAAUGGUCGUGUUGCCAUUUGAAUGUGUGUUUGUUGUCCCUGCUCCCAUUGUGGCAGGGCUCUUUGUGCCGUUCACGUGCCCCCAUCCAGUGGUGUGUGGAAAAAGAGUCCCUUGUUUAUAAAUAAACCUUAGCUGGGCUGCCUGAGCUUAGCUAAGGGCUCUGUGGAGUGGGUUUCUGGGGGAGAAAUGGCUCUUCAAAUGUCUUCAGAGGUAACUUUGCUAGACUUCGAGAUGGCUGGGGCUGGAAAUGUAAGUCUUGUUUCAAAAUCUGCAUCCAAAAUGGCUCCUUUUUUCCCUAUUUUGGUGCACUGCUUUUGACCAGAGUCCUAUGGGCCCUGGUCAAAAGUAGUGCACUAUAUAGGAAACGUCUUGCCAUUGUGGAUGCCGGCUCAGUGUGUAGAAUUCGAGUUCAGUAGUUAUAGUUUUGCUGUUUUUAUACCAAUUUUGUCUUAGAGGAAAGUUGAAGGUUUUGUGUUGUUUGGAGGUUGUUAUUGUUGACAUCCAGACCAUUUUGAAAGGGACCGAAAUGAAAUGGCAGAGCCUUAGUCCAGUUUGAAAUGGACCGGAAUGAAAUGGCAGUUAGAGCCUUAGUCCAGUUUGAAAUGGACCGGAAUGAAAUGGCAGUUAGAGCCUUAGUCCAGUUUGAAAUGGACCGGAAUGAAAUGGCAGUUAGAUGAAGGCUCUAAUAUAGCCUUGUAGUUUCUUGGUCACCAUGCCCUGUUGGUGUGUGUCCGACCGUCACCAAACCUUUAGAAGAAGGUACAUUAAGCUACAUAGAUCAUUGCUGAUGAUAGGCCAUCAACUGUUUCCUCCGGCUUUUGUUGUUUGGCUCUUGAGAAGAACAAAAAAAAUGUUGACAUGCAAAAAGGCAUGUUCAAAUGUUUGGCUUUUUGAAUGUUCAUCGCCCGGACACAGAUAACGGCUAGUCCUGGACUAAGAAGCACUUUCAAUGGAGAAUCUCCACUUUUUAUUCUAGGACUAGGCUUAAUCUGGCUCUGGGAAACAAACCAGUCCAUUACGUUUGGCCACUGUCUCACUGAGCCUCCCUGCCAUGUUGUCUCUGCAGCAAGAGGUGGAGAACUUCAAGAAGGUUCACCUGAUCAGCCGAGAAGAGUUUGACUGCCUGACCCCAGAGCCCCCCGUCGACCCCAACCAGGAAGUACCACCGGGACCCCCCAAGCCCCAGCAGAGUGGGUACCACAGACACGGACUAGACACGCGAACACACACGCGAACACACACACACACACACGCACACACACACACACACACACGCACACACACACGCGCGCGCACACACACACACACACACACACACACACGAACGAGGCAGACACGGACAGACGCGCGCAUACACACACACACACACACACAGACAAGACGCAGACCUCUCAAUAAAACGGGUCACACAGUUGUGGCUAAAUCCAGUGCCAAGCACAACCACUCAACCGAACCAACAUUGGGACAUGACACCAGAUGUAGAGAACAGAAUACGUUGGUGGUCUCCAAGUGAAAAUGGUUCUAUGGCUUUGCAACACACACACUGACAAGCUUUUUAAACUAUAGGAAUACGUCCACAUAGGAUACCUGUCUUAUUCAUAUCCUAUAUAUAUAGCUGUGGUACUAAAAUGACCCAUAACUGUAUUCCGGAUAUCACUCAUGACUCCUCUGUCUCAAAUCUCUCAGUUCCUGUAGACGCCUUGGCGAACAAACUAUUCGGUGCCCCUGAGCCUUCUACAAUAGCACGCUCCCUCCCGACUACUGUGCCUGACUCGCCCAACUACCGCAGUGCCCGGACACCCCGCAUGCCUCGCACCCCGCACCGGAAGGACCCCCCCAUGACGCCCCGCUUCUACCCUGUGGUGAAGGAGAGCCGGCCUGUCGACGCCAUGGUAACAAAUAAGAGUUUCUGCCAUUUUGUUUCAACUCACCCAGAUCUCCUAGAUCUACCAGGGAACAUUCUGUUAGAUGUUGAUCUCCCAGGUGUACGGUGCUGUGAAAAAGUAUUUGCCCCCUUUCUAAUUUUCUCUACUUUUGCAUAUUUUUGAUAAUGAAUGUUAUCAGAUCUUCAACCCAAACAUAAUUUUAGAUAAAGGGAACCUGAGUGAACAAAUAACACAACACUUAUAUACUUAUUUCAUUUAUUUCAGAAACAAAGUUAUGCAACACACAAUGCCCCUGUGUGAAAAUGUAAUUGCCCCCUUACACAUGAUUACUACAUGAUUCCAUGUGUGUUAUUUCAUAGUUUUGAUGUCUUCACUAUUAUUCUACAAUGUAGAAAAUAGUACAAAGAAAGAAAAACCCUUGAAUGAGUAGGUGUUCUAAAACUUUUGACCGGUAGUAUGUGUAUGCAUGUAUGUAUAUAUUAGAUAAAGGGAACCUGAGUUUACAAAAAAUAAUAAAUAUAUAUUUAUUAUUAUUUUUUGUCAACUCCGGUUCCCUUUAUCUAAUAUUAGGAUUUGGUUGAAGAUCUGAUAACACUGAAUAUGCAAAAAUAGAGAAAAUCAGAAAGGGGGAAAAUACUUUUUCAGGGUACGUAUAGAUGAUAUCUGACCUCUGCUGCUCAUCUGUUUUAUACAUGUGAUUUGUAAAGAGUUUUUUCCACUUCCAACUGGGCUGGAUUUAGGUCUGAACCGCUGGACUGCUGUCGGUACUGUGCUGUCGGUACUGUGCUGUCGGUACUGUGUGGUUAACAGUCCUCUCUCUCUCCAGACCCCGAGGAAGAGGAAGACCAGACACAGCUCCAACCCACCGAUGGAGUGCCACGUUGGCUGGGUGAUGGACUCGCGAGAACACCGGUCCCGCACCGCCUCCGUCAGGUGAGACAAGUCUCCUCUCCUGUGGUGAUUUUGCGAAAGUGUACACUUUACCUGUUCAUUUAACCUACAAAAGGCUUUAUCUUAUGUCAUAAUUAGAACAUUUCACCACCAUAACAAUUUGUUGGAAGUCGUAUUGAGUGGUUUACCACUUACACCUUGGUAAAUCUACUUGAAUGUUAAUUUCAGGUUUAAUUUGUCAUUGGUGAGUUUAAUGACUCUUCCCCUCUCUCUCCAGCUCCAACGCCAGCCCCUCAGAGGGUAUCCCUGCGUUGGGGGGAAUUGGCUGCACCCCCCAGUCGCUCCCCAAGUUCCAGCACCCAUCCCACGAGCUGCUCAAGGAGAACGGCUUCACUCAACACGUUUACCACAAGUACCGUCGGCGCUGCCUAAACGGUACCCAUAGCUACCCAUGUCUUUUCUUCCUGAACAGACAAAGGACACACACACACACACACAGACUUGAUCACUCAUUCACACACUUAAACAGUAAAGGCGUAGCACCUUCGCCAUUUCAAGCAGUCACCAUUUCAUAUACUGCUUCUAUUGCUUUACUAUCUUCCAUUUAGAGACUUCUGACUUCGUCACGGUCUAGAAAGUAAUGUUGUCACACACAUUUCACAUUAUACUAUGUGUAUGUAUGUGUGUGUGUGUGUGUGUAUAUACAGUGAGGGGAAAAAAGUAUUUGAUCCCCUGCUGAUUUUGUACAUUUGCCCACUGACAAAGACAUGAUCAGUCUAUAAUUUUAAUGGUAGGUUUAUUUGAACAGUGAGAGACAGAAUAACAACAACAAAAAAUCCAGAAAAACGCAUGUAAAAAAUGUUAUAAAUUUAUUAGUAUUUUAAUGAGGGAAAUAAGUAUUUGACCCCUCUGCAAAACAUGACUUAGUAGUUGGUGGCAAAACCCUUGUUGGCAAUCAGAGGUCAAACAUUUCUUGUAGUUGGCCACCAGGUUUUCACACAUCUCAGGAGGGAUUUUGUCCCACUCCUCUUUGCAGAUCUUCUCCAAGUCAUUAAGGUUUUGAGGCUGACGUUUGGCAACUCGAACCUUCAGCUCCCUCCACAGAUUUUCUAUGGGAUUAAGGUCUGGAGACUGGCUAGGCCACUCCAGGACCUUAAUGUGCUUCUUCUUGAGCCACUCCUUUGUUGCCUUGGCCGUGUGUUUUGGGUCAUUGUCAUGCUGGAAUACCCAUCCACAACCCAUUUUCAAUGCCCUGGCUGAGGGAAGGAGGUUCUCACCCAAGAUUUGACGGUACAUGGCCCCGUCCAUCGUCCCUUUGAUGCGGUGAAGUUGUCCUGUCCCCUUAGCAGAAAAACACCCCCAAAGCAUAAUGUUUCCACCUCCAUGUUUGACGGUGGGGAUGGUGUUCUUGGGGUCAUAGGCAGCAUUCCUCCUCCUCCAAACACGUUGAGUUGAUGCCAAAGAGCUCGAUUUUGGUCUCAUCUGACCACAACACUUUCACCCAGUUCUCCUCUGAAUCAUUCAGAUGUUCAUUGGCAAACUUCAGACGGGCCUGUAUAUGUGCUUUCUUGAGCAGGGGGACCUUGCGGGCGCUGCAGGAUUUCAGUCAUUCACGGCGUAGUGUGUUACCAAUUGUUUUCUUUGUGACUAUGGUCCCAGCUGCCUUGAGCUCAUUGACAAGAUCCUCUUGUGUAGUUCUGGGCUGAUUCCUCACCGUUCUCAUGAUCAUUGUAUCUCCACGAGGUGAGAUCUUGCAUGGAGCCCCAGGCCGAGGGAGAUUGACAGUUAUUUUGUGUUUCUUCCAUUUGCGAAUAAUCGCACCAACUGUUGUCACCUUCUCACCAAGCUGCUUGGCGAUGGUCUUGUAGCCCAUUCCAGCCUUGCAUAGGUCUACAAUCUUGUCCCUGACAUCCUUGGAGAGCUCUUUGGUCUUGGCUAUGGUGGAGAGUUUGGAAUCUGAUUUGAUUGAUUGCUUCUGUGGACAGGUGUCAUUUUAUACAGGUAACAAGCUGAGAUUAGGAGCACUCCCUUUAAGAGUGUGCUCCAAAUCUCAGCUCAUUACCUGUAUAAAAGUGUGUAUAAAAAUCAUAAUAGCAGUGGCUCUCUUUGUUACACAGGAUGCUACGUCCCAAAUGGCAACCUGUUCCCUACAUAGUGCGCUACUUUUGAAAAAUAUGGGGAAUGUUGGCAUUUGGGCCACAGCACAGCCAUAAGUGUCUGACCUUUCACCCCUCUACUCCACCAAUCGCAGAGCGCAAGCGGUUGGGCAUCGGCCAAUCCCAGGAGAUGAACACGCUGUUCCGUUUCUGGUCGUUCUUCCUGAGGGAUCACUUCAACAGGAAGAUGUACGAGGAGUUCAGACAGCUGGUGGUGGAGGACGGAAAGGAGGGAUACAGGUAAUGUUUUAAUUUCAUUAUCUGCUUAAUACUUAUCCGUCUACUGAUUUAUACACAGAUAUUUGUGGCUGCGGAUCGGACUUUUCCUGGACCUUUCUUCCCUACAGCUAAAGGUUCGAGAGGGUCUGCUCAUGUGCAGCGUACUCUAGGUCGAGAGACAGUCUAAAUGGCGAUUCAAUGUUCCGUUUUCACCAUCAUUGGCAAAGUAGGGGGCGGGGGGGGCAGGACAGUCAAAGUGGGGGGGGGGGGGGCAGGACAGGCAAAGUAGGAGUUUUUAUUUUAUUUUAUUUUUUCUUCAGUAACUCAGGCUACGACAUGGCAGCAUAACUAUAAAGAUGACAUCAUCACAAAUGUACACGUGUGGUUAAAAUGCAGGUUGUUUUAUAUGUAGACUGCUCCCUGCUUGAAGCUACUGCAAAUUCCUUAGUUACUACAGACGGAGAAGGUUGUUGCCUACAAAUGUAUUUAGUUUUGGGAUGUUCGUUCAAAUAGCCGCACGUUUAGAAAAUAUAUAUAUAUUCUGAUGUUCAGAAAUGAGGCAGAGACAUUGGCUACAUCAUCAUGGUUCAGAAGAGAGUGAGUAGAGAGAUAAACGUGAAGGGGGGGGUGGGUUUGAGCACAGUAAUGUGAAUCGGAUAUUCGGCUCCGGGGGGGGGGAAGAUCCGGCAUGGCAGUUACCUUGAUUGUAUAAUGUUACAAUGUUUUACUUAUGGGCUAUUCACGAUAUAUCUUUUUUUAUUUUAUUGCUUUAUUGCACAAUUAAUGCUCAAUACACUGCUUUUCAAACAGUAAGGAAUAAUCUAAUGAAUUCAGGGCUUAUAAAAUUAUACCCAGGAUAAAUAUAAGCCUUCCACAACAAUAAGACACACACUAAUAAUUUACUUAUUUUAUCAAAAUAGUUUAACCUUCUUUUGCAAUGAUCACUGUUCUGGCUUUCAAGGCCGUCUAUGAAAAUGCCCUUUUUGUUACAAAUUUAACCUCAACCAUGCACAAUGCCCAUCCACUAAUAAUGACCAACUUCUUCUAAGAUGCAUUAUAAAAAAUGUACCCAGGUCCACCCGGAUUUUCUGUUGGUCCAAACCUCAACUGCGAAUAGCGAGUUUAAACUGCUUGUUGGCAGAGAAUAAGUUCUAUUUUGUUGUUGUGAAUGGCAGGGGGAGGGGCUUGGUGUCUGUAAGCCAGUGGGAAGAUGCACAGGAGGAGGAGGGGCUUGGUGUCAGGUCAUACAGGAGGAGGAGGGGCUUGGUGUCAGGUCAUACAGGAGGAGGAGGGGCCUGGUGUCAGGUCAUACAGGAGGAGGAGGGGCUUGGUGUCAGGUCAUACAGGAGGAGGAGGGGCUUGUUUUCAGGUCAUACAGCACAGGAGGAGGAGGGGCUUGGUGUCAGGUCAUACAGGAGGAGGAGGGGCUUGGUGUCAGGUCAUACAGCACAGGAGGAGGAGGGGCUUGUUGUCAGGUCAUACAGCACAGGAGGAGGAGGGGCUUGUUGUCAGGUCAUACAGCACAGGAGGAGGAGGGGCUUGGUGUCAGGUCAUACAGCACAGGAGGAGGAGGGGCUUGGUGUCAGGUCAUACAGGAGGAGGAGGGGCUUGUUGUCAGGUCAUACAGGAGGAGGAGGGGCUUGUUGUCAGGGCACACAGCACAGGAGGAGGGGCUUGUUGUCAGGGCACACAGCACAGGAGGAGGAGGGGCUUGUCAGGUCAUACAGGAGGAGGAGGGGCUUGUCAGGUCAUACAGGAGGAGGAGGGGCUUGGUGUCAGGUCAUACAGCACAGGAGGAGGAGGGGCUUGGUGUCAGGUCAUACAGCACAGGAGGAGGAGGGGCUUGUCAGGUCAUACAGGAGGAGGAGGGGCUUGUUGUCAGGUCAUACAGCACAGGAGGAGGAGGGGCUUGUUGUCAGGGCACACAGCACAGGAGGAGGAGGGGCUUGUUGUCAGGGCACACAGCACAGGAGACGAAACCAACGACACCGAACGUUCAUAAAAGCAAAAAAAAUAAUAAAAACUGUGAUUCUUGCGAUACGGGCAUUUGGAACAUUGCGCUAAAACAUUCAUUUGAAUGAAUUAGCUAUCGCCCAGCCCUAGCUCCUUAACACACCUGGUUUCAAUCAAGCAUAGUCUUCCAUUCAGACUACUGCAAUUAGUUGGAUCAGCCAUCUUACUGCUGGGUUGGAACAACAGCCUGCGGUCCAUUGUGGCCUUCCAGGAUCUGAGUUGCCCACUACUGGUGUUAGAUGGGGUGGCAGGUAGCUUAGUGAUUAAGAGCGUUGUGCCAGUAACCGAAAAGGUCGCUGGUUCUAAUCCCCGAGCCGACUAGGUGAAAAAAAUCUGUCGACGUGCCCUUGAGCAAGGCACUUAACCCUAAUUGCUCCUGUAAGUCGCUCUGGAUAAGAGCGUCUGCUAAAUGACUAAAAAUGUACAAUGUGUUUGUUCAGUCUGCUUGAUCACCACACAAGGCUGAUUUUUAAAUUCCUGUUGUGUGUUGCAGGUAUGGACUGGAGUGUCUGUUCAGGUACUAUAGCUACGGACUGGAGAGGAAAUUCAGACCAGACAUCUUCAAGGACUUCCAGGAGGAGACCAUGAAAGACUACGAAGCUGGUAAGAGGUCGCCCAGGGGAACCUCAACUCUACACAUUAUCACAGCGCAGUAACUCUCCAUUUUGGGUACAUUUCUGUGUCCCAAAUGGCACCCUAUUCGCCAUAAAGUGGGGAACUUUUGACCCAAGAGCCUUGCAUAUGGGAAUAGGGUGCAAUUUGGGAAGUAUCCUUUAAUGACGUAGCUCCCUAACACUGUCCCCCUUUUUCUGUGUCCCCGUCUCUCACAGGCCAGCUGUAUGGACUGGAGAAGUUCUGGGCGUUUCUUAAAUACUCCAAAAACAAGAACAUGGAGAUCGACCCCAAGCUGCAGGAGUGCCUGAGCAAGUUCAAGCGUCUCGAGGAUUUCAGAAUCGAUGUAAGUAGGGGAAACCUGUGAAAAAAUAGUUUUUUGUUUUCUACAGCAACUUUCGACUACUAUGGAAACCUGUUGAAGUGUGCAUUUAGGCACGUUUUCUACAACUUUCACUACCAGCCACGUGAGUGAAUAACAAAGGUUUAAAGGUUGUUAUCAGAGUGUUAUCAUCAGGGCUCUAAUGUGCGACCCAAUUUGGUCGAAAUAUUUAGCUGUGCGACCAGGAGUUGUAUUUUGGAAGCACUGUGCGACUAUGGAAAAGAAAAUCUCCCAGAUCAUAAUUGUUUUAAUGAUGAGGCGUUCAUUCAGUCGCUCACUGUACCAUUGUUUCCGAGUGCCCUAGAGAGAAAUGAGGGUGCAGAUUCGAUAGCGUCAUAGUUGCACCAUUAUUAGAGAGAAAACGGAUUGCUUCUGGCCCAACCAGGUCAAAACCGGGGCCCGGUGUCCCGAUUUAGUGAUGGAACUUAAGGCUUACGAGUGUUUUUAACGAUGCAUGAAGAUGUAACAUGCGUUUCCCAAAACACCACUUGGAGAGAACGGUCGCUUAGUGCGUUGUUGGAGCAUGUGUUGAUACUAAUAGGAUCGAAAGAAAGGCAGCGCUGCUCUCGGAUCAGCUUUUAAAUAUUUCCAGAACAUUAUAUUUAUUUCACAAUACUGACGACGGAUCAUCUCCUAGAUCAGGGUUUCCCAAACUCGGUCCUGGGGACUCCAAGGUGUGUACGUGUAUAUAUAUAUAUUUUUUUUGCCCUAGCACUACACAGCUGGUUCAAAUGUUGAACUCUUCAUCAAGCUCUGAUCAUUUGAAUCGGCUGUGUAGUGCUAGGGCAGAAACCAAAACGUGCACCGCUUGGGGUCCCCUGGACCGAGUUUGGGAAACGCUGUCCUAGAGAGAUAUUACCACCUAUGGCUGCAAAUAUUGAGGCGGAUUAUUCUAGUGCUUACCCAAUAUAAUGCACUAAAUCACCGAUUUUGGCACAUCAUUGAGCACGUUAGGCUACAAAUAUAUUGAGACCAAUUACAGACCGUAGCCUACAAGUAACUAAGUUGAUUUGAACGGGAAAUGUAUUUCAACAUGAUUUGAAAUAGGCCUAUAGCCUACUGUUUAUAUUGUAAUGCAGUCAUCUCUGUUUUCAUUCUAAGCAUCUUUUUGUAAGUUGCUUGUUUGUAUCAAUUGCGAAGACAUUGGUCCCGUUCCUGGGACCACCCAUACGUAAAAUGUAUGCACGCAUAACUGUAAGUCGCUUUGGAAAGUGAUCGCCGGUCACAGAGAGACGGAUAAACCAGGUGUGUGUGUGUGUGUGUAAAGGAGGGCAAAAUAAGCUGUUCUGAGGCUGCCAUUAUAUUACCAGCGUUUUAAGGUGCAACGUCAAUAACGAUGGUUUUGGGGAACAGCUCAAGAGAUUUAACGAUGCUCCCUACGAAAGUUCUAAUGAUUAACUUAGACUUAAGAUGCUUUUGGGAAACUGGGCUUUAACUAACCGGUAACGUCACCAGUUUAUCCACUGAAAGAAAAGAAAGGGAUUGCUUCUUCUUCAGGAGAUUUAAUGAUCACAGCAAUGAAUGAAUGAAUGACAGAUCUCUCGUGUGUCCUCAUCACAAACCUGACAUUUUUAAAGAUACAUUUUAUAUGUAAUGCAUCUCAAUUGGAAAAUGGUACUUUUACACAAUGUAGAAACCUAAUAUUCCACAAAUGACUGCGUUCGUAUCAACAUUUUAGCUUUUAUAAUAAACUAAUGUAUUUAGUUACAUAUUAGCUUCUAUGGCACAACGUGCUUCAAAAGUAGCUAGAAUUCUUAUAUUGUAUUUUCUGGUGCUCCUAAAUUUAAUGUGGUGCUCCUAACUUUUUUAAGUGGGAGCACCAGUGCUACCAAUGACAUUUUUAAAAAUGUAGAUGUUUGUUUGACAAGGCUUUUAUCAGAGUGCUAUCAUGCGCCGUCAGGCUUUUGUAGGUUCAAAGUACUGAGCAAGCGGGUUUGUUAAACAUUAACAAAAUGGCACCCAUUGCUGCGAGACUAGUUUCUUGACUACCUUGUUCACCCUGUAGUUUUUUUGACUCCAUCUCACAUGGCACAUAGGACUCUGGUCAAAGUUGUGCACUUGAGACGCAGACUUUGUUACGGAACGUUCUGUUAGAGGACGUCUGUAGGGCCCCGGUCAAUCCCACAUCUCACCAUUUGUCCUUCAUUGCAGCCCCCGAUGGAGGAGGGAGGCCGCAAGAGACACUCAUCCAGCGGAGACGGUCGCCGCCGCCACCCCUCCCAGGGCUCCAGCCGCCCCCACAGCCAAACUGGCUUCGGCCCAGCCCUGUUCGCCCAGGGCCCCGCCAAGGAUGAUGCCAAAAACAGCAGCCAGAGCCAGCGACCUGCAGCCCAGGCCUCGGCCACCGCAUCAGACGCCAAGCCACCAAAG